AUGGGUAGGGAGGACAAAGCAACCUGGAAGUCAAACUACUUCUUAAAACUUAUUCAAUUGUUGGACGAUUACCCAAAAUGUUUCAUCGUCGGCGCAGACAAUGUUGGUUCAAAGCAGAUGCAGCAGAUCCGUAUGUCCCUGCGUGGAAACGCAGUGGUGCUCAUGGGAAAGAACACCAUGAUGCGCAAAGCCAUCCGCGGUCACAUUGAGCGCAACGCAGCUUUGGAGAAACUUCUUCCCCACAUUCGCGGAAACGUCGGCUUCGUCUUCACCCGCAGCGACCUUGUUGAAGUCCGUGACAAGCUUCUGGAGAACAAAGUCCGCGCUCCAGCUCGUGCUGGUGCCAUCGCGCCCCUCAGUGUCAUCAUUCCGGCCCAAAACACCGGUCUGGGUCCCGAGAAGACAUCUUUCUUCCAGGCCUUGAGUAUCCCCACCAAGAUUUCCAAGGGUACCAUUGAAAUCAUCAACGAUGUCCACAUCUUGAAACCCGGUGACAAAGUCGGAGCUUCAGAAGCAACUCUUCUGAACAUGUUGAACAUCUCUCCGUUCUCAUACGGUCUGAUGGUCGAGCAGGUCUACGACUCAGGUACCAUCUUCGCCCCGGAGAUCCUGGACAUCAAGCCCGAGGACUUGAAGGAGAAAUUCAUGGUUGGAGUCGCCAACUUGGCUUCGGUUUGUUUGGCUGUCGGCUACCCAACUGUUGCCAGUGCUCCUCACAGCAUUGUCAACGGAUUCAAGAACUUGUUGGCUCUCGCCGCCGUCACCGACGUUGAAUUCGAGGAAGCCAAGACCAUCAAGGAGUACAUCAAGGACCCGAGCAAAUUCGCUGCCGUCGCCGCCGCUCCAGCAGCCACAACCGCUGCUGCUGUCCCAGCAGCUGAUAAAAAGGAAGAAAAGAAAGAAGACUCCGAAUCCGAGGAUGAUGACAUGGGUUUCGGUCUUUUUGACUAA